UUCUCUUUUUUCCUCGCGAAGAACCGCUCCAGUUUAUUUUUCCAGGUAAUGCUUGAUCUGAAAUUCAUGAAAUAUCAUGUAUCAUAGCGUACGCGAACGGGUUCGAUUUAUAUUUCCAAUAAAGAUGGAAUUUUCCGUUUGUAGCCCUACGCGUAUCGGGUUGAAAAGCGGAAAGAAGAGUAUAAUUUAAACGCGUAGUCUGUAGGAUUUCGUAAACAUUUCGAUGAAAUAUUAGACGAGAAAACGAACCCAGCUCGCACAGCUGGUAGGCAGCGUCUGCCCGCGUCUACCCACGUCUGCCCGUUUCGCGAGGGGCGUCGGGUGUUUAAACGAGCACGCGCCCGAACACGAAAGAGGGGAGGAUAAGUUAACCGACCAAUAGGAAUAGAGAUAGCAGUUAGCUCCCGGGCGGAGCAUAGGGAUAUACGAGACGUGGCACGAGCGUCCUUCUGUCAAACGGCGUCCGAUCGCCGAGGUAGAGGGUCGUGUCGUUCCCGUUUAAAUAGGUGGACUUUACGAAAAGAUCGACAGGUUGCCGAGACAGAUAGUUCGUUCCAUCGUCGUUGGGAUAUUGGAAAUCAUGGAGAAAACGAAGCAGCUCGAAUCACGAGGAAGAAGCACGUCGUAAAAAAUUCAUCAAGAUAGAAACGAGAGAAUAUUCGGGGGAGGGAGGGGGAGCAAGAGAGAGAGAAUUUUGUGAAGGAAAAGGAAAAGCGCAUUUUUAAAAUGCUACACAGUACUUUGCCUCGAGCGUUUCUCGCUCCUGGACUCAACUAUUUUGGUUAUUACGGGGAGGAAGUUCACCAUCCGUAUGCGGCACCAGCAACGAGCUGGCACAUUCCAACGGACAACACAACGAGUACGUACGGCAGAAUCGCCGAACAGCAUCAGACUGUACUCCGCGGUUGGGAAUCUUCGAGGCCAUCCACACCUUGCCCGUUGGAUUUGUCCCUUAAAGCACCGGCUACGCCCAGCACACCAAGGACCACCGAAGAUGCUAUCGAGGUAGACGACGAGGAAGAUAGGAGAAUUCGCGAGGAGGCUCAAAGACGAGCGGAAAACCAAAGAUAUCGAACGGACAGCGAGAGCGUCGAUCCUCUGUUGAUCGAGGACACAGAGAACGAACCUCAGCGUAGCUCGUCCGCGCACAGUCAGCGCAGCUACGACAGACAUUUGUCGGUAAAAGAAAGCGGCUUGCACAUUCAAGAAGCAUUCGAGAAGGCUCGCUUUCCAGACGAGACCAAUCGUGGAUUGCCACCUCCUUAUCCGAGCAAUGACGCUAUCCAAAAGUAUCAUCAAUUACAAAAUCAAAAGCUAUUACUGAACAGCCCGACUCGAUUGCAAUCCAUGCAGUCUUACCACCAGCAGCUUCUCUUAACUCCACAGCAUCAUCACUUUCAAACUAUACACGCACCGAUGACCCCACCGAGCACACCCUCGCCACCGCAAUGUCCAAGAAGGAAAACCAGGGAGGAAGACGUCUCCUCGCCUUCGAGUUCUAUCGUCAAUGUUAACGUUACGCCUCGACAAAACCUAUCCUCCGAUAAACCUACCCCAAGACCAAAGAAGAAGCACGCGAGAAGAUUAAAAUUCGACGAGGAUACGAGCAGCCCUGUUUCUGGAACGGUAAUAUUAGGUCCGGAUGAGGCAGUGGUCACCGGCGACAUUGAUCCGGCCUUCAACAUCGUCGAAGUCACCGAAGAGGCACGUGCCGAAUUGGCCAAGAUUGAAAAUCGACUGGGACCGUAUCAGUGUAAGCUCUGCAGGCAACUCCACGAGGAUGCUUUUCAGUUGGCCCAACACAGGUGCUCGAGAAUAGCUCACGUCGAAUACAAGUGCCCAGAGUGCGACAAGAGAUUCUCUUGUCCGGCUAAUCUUGCCUCCCAUCGACGCUGGCACAAGCCGAGAUUACCGAACGGAGAAUCGAUCGCUGGCACUUCGAAUUCAUCCGUGGCCACUACCAUGACCACCGAGAUACCUUGCACCAGAUGCGACGCCAAGUUUAACCGACAGGCUGCUUUAAGAAAACACAUGGUCAAUCAGCAUCCUGAGAACGCUCUUAACGGUAACGGUAACGGUAACGGCAACGGCAACGGCAACGGCAACGGCAACGGCAACGGCAACAGUGACAGCAAUGGCAACAGCAACGGCAACAGCAACAGCAACGAAGCUGCAAAAUUGGACAGUAGCCAGCUCGGUGUACACACUCUUCCGAGCAAUGCGAUGCCCUGA